GGUGGAAGUGACUCUUAACUUUGUGGUUUGUCACUUGACAUCGUUCUGCUUUAGAAACCUCGCAAGUUGUCUCCGGAUAUUUACAAGAGGAAACUUCUGAAACGUUGUCGCGUGGAGAUCCAUCCUCAGAGGUAUGAUGGUGAGCUGCUGUGGUCUAAUAACCUCUCAGAAGGAACCAGUUCCUCUGAAGAGCGUCGAGGUGGAGCUGGAGGUGAAGGACCACGUGGCUACUGUGGUCUCCACUCUGAACUACCACAACCAGGAAGACAAACCACUGGAGGCUGUCUUUGUCUUCCCCCUGCCUGGAGAUGCUGCCGUCUGUCAUUUCAGCGCCACUGUUGGACAGACGGAGAUAGUGGCGGAGGUGAAGGAGAAACAGGAGGCCCGUGAGGAGUACGACGACGCUCUGAGCUCCGGUCAGCAGGCCUUCCUGUUGGAGGAGAGCGAGCAGAGUCCAGAUGUAUUCUCUCUGAGUGUGGGCAGUCUGCCUCCAGGAGAGAGCGCCUCCAUCAGGCUGGAGUACGUCACUGAGCUGGCUGUGCAGGCCGAUGAAGGGCUGAGGUUCCUACUGCCCGCUGUGCUCAACCCUCGCUACCAACCUCAGGGGAGCGUUGGUAGUGAAGGGUCCAACGUCCAGGUGACCUCUGUUCCAGCCUCUCUGGUGCCCUACACUCUGUCUUUCUCUGCCCGAGUGUCCUCUCCUCGUCCCGUCUCCAAAGUAGAGUCCAGCUCUCCCCUGGACCCUCUGCAGUACCUCAACACAGAGCAAACCCAGGCCACGGUCAAGUUGGCUGCAGGACACAAGUUUGACAGAGAUGUUGAACUGCUGAUUUAUUACAAAGACGCCCACCAGCCCUCUGCGGUGGUGGAGGCAGGACAGGCCUCUUCCCAGCCUGGCUCUCUGAUGGGUGAUUCAGUAGUGAUGCUGAGCCUGUACCCAGAGUUCCCUCAGGCUGUGAUGUCCUCAGUGGCUUCAUCUGGAGAGUUUGUCUUCUUAUUGGAUCGAUCUGGCAGUAUGCAUGGAGAGCGUAUAAAGAAUGCCAGGGACACUCUGCUGCUCCUGUUGAAGAGCCUACCGCUCGGCUGCUAUUUCAACAUCUACAGUUUCGGAUCCAGCUUUGAACACAUCUUCCCUAAGAGUGAAGACUACAACCAGAAGACCAUGGAAGAGGCUCUGAAGAAAGUGGAAGAGAUGGAGGCUAAUCUGGGAGGAACUGAGAUCCUUGAGCCACUUAAACACAUUUACAGACAGCCCUCCAUUCCCAGUCAACCUCGACAACUAUUUGUCUUUACUGACGGAGAGGUGGGGAACACAAAAGAAGUCAUAAAUCUGGUGAAGCAGAAUUCAGCCUCCCACAGGUGUUUCUCCUUUGGGAUCGGGGAAGGGGCCAGUUCUGCUCUCAUCAACGGGUUGGCCAAAGAAGGAGGAGGCCACGCUCAGUUCAUCACAGGGGCCGACAGGAUGCAGCCCAAAGUGAUGCAGUCGCUGCGGUUCGCUCUGCAACCGUCCGUGGUGGACGUCUCAGUCAAGUGGGAUCUGCCGAGCGGAGUCUCUGUCACCGCUCUCUCUCCACCGAUCGCAGCAGUUUUCCAGGGUCAAAGGUCACUGGUUUACGCCCAGUUCACUGGACAGAGUUCGGAGGCGUCAGAGGGCUGUGUGACGGUGGCGUACAGCCUGGCAGGUCAUCCCUCUCAGACCCAGCUCCACUUCAGUCUCAAACCUGCAGAGGACUCUGGACUAACGGUCCACAGGUUGGCCGCUCGGACCGUGAUCCGCUCUCUGGAGAUGGAGGUGAGAGAGCCUGGAGGACAGGAAGACGCAGGAGGGAAGAAGAAGGUGGUGGACCUCAGCGUCCAAUCAGGAGUGAGCAGUGUCUUCACCGCCUUCAUUGCCGUUAACAAAUCCAACAGCGAAGCUAUUCAAGGACCUCUGCUGCGCAGAACGAUUCCAACACCCAGGAUGAUGGCCUGCAUGGCUCCUAUGGCAUUCUGUUCGAUGAGAAUGCCUGUGAUGUCUUGUGAUAUGGCGCAGCUUCCUCAGAUGUCUCCUAUGAUGGACCAAAGUGACACGCUUGAAAGCUGUCGGCCCAAACAGCCCCCCAGAGACCCUUUGCUGCAGCUGGUCUCCCUGCAGAAGGCGUCUGGCUGCUGGUGUCUGGAUCCACAUCUGGCUGCUGCACUGGGGAAGACCAGCGAGGAGGUGGAGAAGCCCAAGCCUGCAUCGGUGAAGCAGGACGUGUGGGCCACCAUUCUGGCUCUGAUCUGGCUUCAUGGUUUCAAGAUGGAUGCUCAAGAGGAGUGGGAGCUUCUGGCUAUGAAGGCUGUGUCCUGGCUGCGAGCUCAGAAAGCAUCAUUGGUGACGGAGUGUGUGGAAGCAGGAAAUGCUCUGUUGGGUUGCAACGUGCAGAAAGACGCCGUGGGGCUCUGAGGUGUUCAUUGAAGGAGCUUCUCCUGCAGGAUUGGUCCCCUCUGGUACAUCAAAUCAGAUUCACUCCAUCGUGUACUUAAAAUCAAUUAAUCCAUUUUAGGUCAACUAGUGUGUAGAACAACUUUAAAUUAAACUCAAUUUUGAAAAACAA